GGCCCGGCCUCGGGAUCAGCUGGCUGGCGCCCUGGGUGGAGGCCGAGGUUACGCCGGCCGGAGCAGGGAGCGGCCUCCGUCUACCGCCGGCUCCUCGGCGACCGACACCUCCCCCCGCGGAGCAGGGAUUUCUCACUUGCCCGGGAACCUCGAAGCCUACUGUGUUUUCCUGCCUCUCCUCUGUUUCCGCCAGCAGCCGUGGCACAGUCCUCAGCACACAAAGAAAUGAGAAAAAUACCAAGUAAUGGCAACCUGAAGAUGACGAAGGUGGCGUACCCCCUGGGACUGCUUGUGAGCCUGUUCAUCUAUGUUGCCUACAUCAAGUGGCACUGGGCCUCCGCCACUCAGGCCUUCUUCAGCAUCACCGAGGUGGCCACGGGGGCCCGGAGGGGCCAGCAGGCCCGCACUGCCCUGGGAACGGCUGCACGUGGUCACGAGGUCUUCUACGGCAUCAUGUUUGACGCAGGAAGCACUGGCACCCGAGUGCACGUCUUCCAGUUCACCAGGCAGCCCAGAGGAACUCCCACCUUGACCCAUGAAACCUUCAAAGCACUGAAGCCGGGUCUUUCUGCUUAUGCUGAUGAUGUUGAAAAGAGCACUCCGGGGAUUCAGGAAUUGCUGGAUGUUGCUAAACAAGACAUUCCUUUUGACUUCUGGAAGGCCACACCAUUGGUCCUCAAGGCCACAGCUGGUUUACGCCUGUUACCAGGAGAAAAGGCUCAGAAGUUAUUGGAAAAGGUGAAAGAGGUGUUUAAGGCGUCGCCUUUCCUUGUGGGGGAUGACUGUGUGUCCAUCAUGAACGGAACAGACGAAGGUGUUUCAGCCUGGAUUACCAUCAACUUCCUGACAGGCAGUUUGGAGACCCCGGGAAGGAGCAGUGUGGGCAUGCUGGAUCUGGGCGGAGGGUCCACUCAGAUCACCUUCCUUCCCAGAGUCGAGGGCACCCUUCAUACCUCCCCCCCUGGCCACCUGACCUCGCUCCAGAUGUUUAACAGGACCUACAAGCUCUAUUCCUACAGCUACCUGGGGCUCGGAUUGAUGUCUGCACGGCUGGCGAUUCUGGGCGGCGUGGAGGGGACGCCUGCUGCGGAUGGAAAGGAGUUGGUCAGCCCUUGCCUGUCUCCCAGUUUCAAAGGAGAGUGGGAACAUGCUGAAAUAACAUACAGAAUCUCAGGACAGAAGGCAGCAGUGAACCUCCACGAGCUGUGCGCCAGCAGAGUGUCGGAAAUCCUUCGGAAUCAAGUGCACAGAGUGGCAGAAGUGAAGGACGUGGAUUUCUAUGCUUUUUCCUACUAUUAUGACCUUGCAGCAAAUGUUGGCCUCAUAGAUGCUGAGAAGGGAGGCAGCCUCAUCGUUGGAGACUUUGAGAUAGCAGCCAAGUAUGUGUGCCGCACGGUGGAGACCCAGCCACAGAGCAGCCCCUUCCUGUGCAUGGACCUCACCUACGUCAGCUUGCUGCUCCGAGAAUUCGGCUUCCCGGGAAACAAGGUCCUGAAGCUGACUCGGAAAAUCGACAAUGUUGAGACCAGCUGGGCGCUGGGGGCCACUUUUCAUUACAUCGACUCCCUGAACAGCCGGAAGAGUCGGGCCUCCUAGCAGCCGAGCUGCGGCGGCGGUCCUCACAGAAGCGGCUGCAUCUCCAUAACAGACCCCUUGGGAUCCCUGGACAUGUUAGGAGGACGCCACAGUUCGUCUGUGACCACUCCUCCCCUCGGCCUUGCAGACCUGCCUCUGGUGGGGUAGUGGGCUGGAGGGCAGCCCAGGCCCAGUGCUGCCUCCUACCGGCCUUGGCUCCAUGUGGGCAGCAAGCCAGACAGGGCGAAGGGCACACGUGAGGCCAGGGCGACGCAGCCCCACUGUCCCCCACCGUUGCUCUCUGCAGGGCUGAGGCAUUUGUGAUGUGUGUCCUGUGACAGGCGUCUUGUCUUGUCUCCUUGCCCCUGUUUCCCCCGCCCCCACGGCAGACCUCCACCUUCUCCCCGAGAAUCCAUGGGGAGGUUAUCCAGGCCAUCCUGGCUGCUCUCAGGGUGAGCUGAGUGGGAAGCAUCACGCCCUCUGGGAGGGUAGGCUGGGCGGGACACUGUGAACUCUGGACUUGAACCUGUUUGGCUCCUCCUUGGGUGUGGAUGUGUGAGGUCAUCCGGAGGUCUGUUUCCUCAGUCCUUGAGUGGCUCAGGCUAAUUGAUGGAGUUGGCACUAGGACUGGGAGGAGGGGCGGGGGAAAUACCUCUUCAUGGCCCUCGUGUGCCCUGGCUAUUCAGAGAAAGUCUAAGUGUGAGCUGAACUGCUGUGAAAUAUUGUGCUGCGUGAAUGACAUCUCUGUAUGUGGUGCCGAGUGCUUGUGUCUCUUGUGUUCUAAACCCCAGUGAAUGUAUUGCUGCCUUGAGGCAUUCACAAACCCAGAGGUGUCAGAAGACACAACGUCUGCAGGUCAGCCGGGCCGCAGUCCCUGGAACUGCCCUCUCGUGGCUCUACUCGUGUCUGGGGCCACAGCCCGUCCCCCAGGGGCUCCACAAGAUGCUGACUCGACCGUCUUGCCUCCGUGGCACGAGCUCUGGGAGAUGGGGCAGUGCACUGUGCUCAGAUUUGGGUCCCGGGUCCACAGUCAUUCCUGCCAUGAAUGUACAGUACACCGAAGAAGCUGAACCUCACUUGUUCUACUCAAAAUAAAGGGUUUGCAAGGGU